AUGGCUAAAUUUGGUAAUAAACCUGGAAAUAAAGCAUCCAAAAGAAAGACAUGUGCUUAAAAAUACAAAAUAGCAAAAAGGGUAAAAGACCACAACAGAAAAAUGAAUAAAGAAGCUAAAAAAUUGAAAUCAUUAGGAAUAAUGAAAAAAAGUAAAAUAAAAUAAAUAUAUAUAUAAAAUAAAAAAAAAAAAUUAGAAAUGACUCAAAAAAAAAAAAAAGCCUUAUAAGAAUAACAAAAUGAUGAAGAAUAAAAUUUUAAAAAAACAAAUUAGACUAAAUUUCAUUUCGAAGACGAAAGCAUUUUUAAAAAGAAAAAAAAAAAUGUAUCUAAUUUAGAAUUAAUAAAAAAAUAAGGAACAUAUUAUUAAAAAAAUCUAGAAUAAUUCAUAGACUAAGCUGAUGUAUUUUUAUAUCUUUUAGACUCAAGAGAUCCUAAUAUGUAUAGAAAUACACAUGUAGAAGAAUAAAUUAAAAAUUAAGGAAAAAAGCUGAUUUUAGUAUUAAAUAAAGCAGAUUUGAUUCCAUAAAAUAAUUUAGAAUUUUGGUUAACAUAAUUAAGAGUAGAUAAUAAUGUUAUUUGUUAUUCCUCUAAAAUGAAAAAUUUAGAGAUACCUGAUACUAAAAACUAAUAAAAAUUUUUUAAACUAACUUAAAUUUUACCUAUUUAAACUCUUGUUGAAUUGCUAAAGUCUUUUUAAAAUGUAUAAAAUUAAAUUGAAGAUGAAAAUUCAAAUGAAUAACAAAAUCUUUUAAAAAUAGGUGUUUUAGGAUAUCCUUAUGUAGGAAAAUCAACAUUACUUGACUAAUUAUAAAACUUUUAAACUGCAGAAUUAUAAUUAGUUCAAUAUAGUUAUGUUAUUAUUGACACAGAAAAUAAGAAAAAGAAUGUUUUGAGAAAUAUUCUUGAAGUUGAUGAGAUUUAAAAGCCAAUUGAUAUAGUUGAAGAAAUUUUAAAGAAAGUGAAUAAAAAUAAUCUUUUGAUUUUAUAUAAAAUUCCUGAUUUUAAAAAUAAUCUUUAGUUCUUAUAAAAUGUAGAGACUGCGAAAAAAUUCAAAAAUAAAAAUACUGAAAAUGUUGCUAAAUUAGUUAUUAAAGAUUUUUUAAAUGGUAAUAUUUAAUAUACAUCUAAAUGA